AUGACCAUCGACGCUGCGGAUCAGUUCAGGUCGUGGAUGGAGGCCGUUUCCAGUCGCCGCCCAGAUGACAUUCUGGGCGCCGCGACUUCGCUGGUCACCUCUCCGCGCUGCUUCCGAGGACGAGGGGCCUCCCCGCUGGCCGCCGCACGAGGUGGACAAUGCUCCCACGCCCUCGGCCCGGGCGCUCCCCCAUCGCCCCGCCCUGCCGGCACGCGCAGCGAAAAACGCCAAGGGGGCCGACGCGCGAACCGUUUCGGGCAAGCAGGCACCGAGACGCCCGAGCCCGAAGGGGCCCGGACGAGGCUGCUCUUGCCCGCAGAGAAA